UGGUGAUGAAAAUAAGGCCAUGGAAGAUUUAGCCAGUGGUAAUAUUUUAAGAAAAGGUUAUUGGCAAGGCAAAUUAACUCUGGAUUAUGACCCAGGAGGACGAAUGGCCGAAUGUUUUGCCCGAGGAGUUAGUUUUUACGAUAAUAAAGAUAAAACGGAAUUUCCUAACCCUAAAUUAGGA